AGGUUUGAGCCAGCCAUUGUGCACGCAGAUAAAGAAAGGCAAAGUCAUUCCACGAAAGGUCUACCAUUCUUCCAGACAGAAAAAUGAGGGAAAUUGUGCAUCUUCAAGCCGGACAGUGCGGAAACCAGAUUGGCUCUAAGUUUUGGGAGGUGAUUAGUGAUGAGCAUGGUAUCGACCCAACUGGUUCAUACCAUGGUGACAGUGACCUGCAGCUUGACAGGAUCAAUGUCUACUACAAUGAAGCCUCAGGUGGUAAAUAUGUUCCCCGGGCUGUGUUGGUCGAUCUGGAGCCAGGUACCAUGGACUCUGUGAGGUCUGGACCUUUCGGCCAGAUCUUCAGACCAGACAACUUUGUGUUUGGCCAAAGUGGUGCUGGCAACAACUGGGCUAAGGGUCACUACACAGAGGGUGCAGAGCUGGUGGACUCUGUCAUGGAUGUGGUGAGGAAGGAGGCAGAGAGCUGUGACUGCCUUCAGGGCUUCCAGCUCACCCACUCCCUGGGUGGGGGUACAGGCUCCGGUAUGGGCACCCUGCUCAUCAGCAAGAUUAGGGAAGAGUACCCUGACCGCAUCAUGAACACCUUCAGCGUGGUGCCUUCCCCUAAAGUAUCAGACACAGUAGUUGAGCCCUACAACGCCACACUAUCUGUCCACCAGCUUGUAGAAAAUACAGAUGAGACCUUCUGCAUCGACAAUGAGGCCCUGUAUGACAUCUGUUUCCGCACCCUCAAACUCACAACCCCCACAUACGGUGACCUCAACCACUUGGUCUCUGUUACCAUGAGCGGUGUCACCACCUGCCUCAGGUUCCCUGGACAGCUCAACGCUGACCUGCGUAAGCUUGCUGUAAACAUGGUGCCAUUCCCCCGUCUACACUUCUUCAUGCCAGGCUUUGCUCCCCUCACUGCCAGAGGCAGUCAGCAGUACAGUUCACUCACUGUCCCAGAGCUCACGCAGCAGAUGUUCGACGCAAAGAACAUGAUGGCUGCCUGCGACCCGCGUCACGGUCGCUACCUGACCGUGGCUGCCAUCUUCCGUGGCCGCAUGUCUAUGAAGGAGGUGGAUGAGCAGAUGCUGAACGUGCAGAACAAGAACAGCAGCUACUUUGUUGAAUGGAUCCCAAACAACGUCAAGACUGCGGUUUGCGACAUUCCUCCCCGUGGCCUCAAGAUGUGCGCCACCUUCAUUGGCAACAGCACAGCCAUCCAGGAGCUGUUCAAGCGCAUCUCUGAGCAGUUCACAGCUAUGUUCAGACGCAAAGCUUUCCUCCACUGGUACACCGGUGAGGGUAUGGAUGAGAUGGAGUUCACAGAGGCAGAGAGCAACAUGAAUGACCUGGUGUCUGAGUACCAGCAGUACCAGGAUGCCACUGCUGAAGAGGAGGGAGAGUUUGAGGAAGAGGGUGAGGAGGAGCUGGCCUAAAUAAGGGUGAGAAGAAGCUGACCUAAAUGUAUCACUUUAGAAAGCAAAGCGAAGUGAAAUGUAAUGUUCCAAGUCCUUUCCAGUUUUCAGUGGUCUGUCUGCGGUUCCAUUGUUGCAUGUUAAUAAAUUCUUCUGCAUAUUUGAAGUCUA